AUGACUGACGGGAGAGCAGCGCAGCCUCGCUCAUCUUGGUUUAGCUUAGCUUAUUUUAGCUUGAUUCCUCCCUCCCUUCUUGCCUGCCUCGUCGCUCCUUCUCUCCCCCCCUCCGUCCGUCCGUCCGUCAGUCAAAGCAGAGCUGCCUCCGCCCUCCGCCUCCAGUUCGUCGCCCGCCCGCCUGCCAGCCUACCAACUAGCUCACUUGUCGGCUGUCAAGAGCUCCUUUCCAACGUCCGCGAGUCCCCCCGGGCCACCCCAGCAGCGGGAUUUCGACGCCCUGUGGAGAAAAUGGCCAGCAGACCUCACCCUGUCAACGCAGCUUUCCUGCCGCCGACGCACGGCGUGCUCAAGUCGCUGCUGGAGAACCCGCUGAAGCUGCCCUUCCACCACCACGACGAAGGUUUCAGCAAGGACAAGGAGAAGAAGUUGGAGGAUGAGAGCGGCGCGGCUAACCCGCCACAGUCGGCCUUCCUGGGGCCGACGCUUUGGGACAAGACUCUGCCCUACGAUGGCGACAACUUCCAGCUGGAGUACAUGGACCUGGAAGAGUUCCUGUCUGAGAACGGCAUUCCCGCCAACACGGCACAAAGCGACCACCAACAGCAGCAGCAGCAAGUGCCCCCGCCCCCCCAGGCCCCGCAGCCCCCCGCGGCGGCCCCCUCGGUGGUGGACCUGAGCAGCCGCGCAACCACCCCGGCGCACAGCGGCGUGCCGUCACAGCAACAGCAGCAGACGUGCUUGCGCAGCCCCAACGCCACAGCGUCGCGCGACACGCCCAGCCCCAUCGACCCCGAGUCCAUCCAGGUGGCGCUGAGCUACGAGCCCGACCCGGCCGACCUGGCGCUGUCCAGCGUGCCGGGCGGGGCCGUCUUCGACCCGCGCAAGCACAAGUUCUCACCCGAGGAGCUCAAGCCGCAGCCCAUGAUCAAGAAGGCCCGCAAGGUCUUCAUCCCCGAAGACCUCAAGGACGACAAGUACUGGGCGAGGCGCAGAAAGAACAACGUGGCAGCCAAGCGGUCGCGGGACGCGCGGCGGCUGAAGGAGAACCAGAUCGCCAUUCGGGCGGGCUUCCUGGAGAAGGAGAACGCCGCCUUGCGCCUGGAGGUGGCCGACCUGCGCAAGGAGCUCGGCCGCUGCAAGAACGUCGUGGCCAAGUACCAGGCCAGGCACGGGCCACUGUGAGUCCGCCCCCGCAACCCCACCCACCGCACACCGCCCCUUUAAGGACUAUGUCGUCAUCACCCUUCUCUCUCUCUCACAUACACACACACUGUCACACACACACUCAAGCCCCUUUCACGCCUUCCGUGUAGCGCGCGGUCAGUAAAGGUCACACGCAACACAGUCAAGCAUUCCGUAUUUGAAAAGUCCUCAUCUAACUGCCCUCAUGGUUGCAAAAGAAUAGAACAGGUUCUGUUUUAAUUUGGUGUUUUAUGCUAAAUUUUCUGGUAAAUUUCAGAGAAAAUUCCAGCGCAUUUCUGGAAAUUGUUCAGUACGUUUCUGGAAAAAUUGACUGAAAAAUUCCUGAAAAUGUUCUGUCAUUUUUUAGCGAAUUUUCUGAUAAAUUUCUUGAAAAUGCACGGGACAUGUCUGAAAAUUUGCCUGUGCGUGCCUG